AUGGCUAACAUGAACGGAAUAUUGCAGAAAACACAGGUUAGUUCCAAUCCGUAUAAAUUAACGUUUCUUUUUACAGACGAUAGCGGAUCUGAGGACGAUUUAGAUGAAGCUAAUUCGGAACGAUUACUUUUUCUUCAGAACCAAGACACCCACCAGGAAGACCUUAAUUCGAUUUCAUUGGAUCCGGGCGGCCUCCAAGUCAACGAAACGGAGAGCCUAGAAAUGAAUGAAGAACUGAUCAGCGAAGAUUCACCUUUUAACAUGGCUCCUAGCCAGUGUACGUGUGAUGUCACUUCCGGCGAUUUACACCUGCUCUCUUUCCGCCUCUCUUCAUGCUCCCCCUUUAGCUCUUUCCGCCUCUCUUCGAACAUGCUCCCCCCUUUAGCUCUUUCCGCCUCUCUUCGAACAUGCUCCCCUUUAGCUCUUUCCGCCUCUCUUCGAACAUGCUCCCCUUUAGCUCUUUUCCGCCUCUCUUCGAACAUGCUCCCCUUUAGCUCUUUCCGCCUCUCUUCGAACAUGCUCCCCCUUAGCUCUUUCCGCCUCUCUUCGAACAUGCUCCCCUUUAGCUCUUUCUCUUCGAACAUAUCCCCCUUAGCUCUUUCCGCCUCUCUUGAACAUGCUCCCCCUUUAGCUCUUUCCGCCUCUCUUCGAACAUGCUCCCCUUUAGCUCUUUCCGCCUCUCUUCGAACAUGCUCCCCCUUUAGCUCUUUCCGCCUCUCUUCGAACGCUCCCCCUAGCUCUCCGCGAACAUGCUCCCCUUUAGCUCUUUCCGCCUCUCUUCGAACAUGCUCCCCCCUAUUCGGCUCUCUUCGAACAUGCUCCCCCUAUUCGGCUCUCUUUGCCAUCUUUGCCAUCUCUUCGAACAUGCCCCCUAGCACUUUCCGCCUCUCUUCGAACAUGCCCCCUAGCACUUUCCGCCUCUCUUCGAACAUGCCCCCUAGCACUUUCCGCCUCUCUUCGAACAUGCCCCCUAGCACUUUCCGCCUCUCUUCGAACAUGCUGUCCCCUAGCUGUUUCUGCCUCUCUUCGAACAUGCUGUCCCCUAGCUGUUUCUGCCUCUCUUCGAACAUGCUGCCCCCUAGCUGUUUCUGCCUCUCUUCGAACAUGCUGCCCCCUAGCUGUUUCUGCCUCUUUCUCCUAGCUCUCUCCGCCUCUUUGGAGAUGCCCCUACCCAGCUUGCAAGAGAAAGUCUCACCACAUGACAAUUCCAAAAUAACUUCGCUAAUGGGCCUAUACGAAACUCUUCCUUCCUCCCUUUUUUUCCUCCUCUUCCUUCCUCCCUUUUUUUCCUCCUCUUCCUUCCUCCCUUUUUUUCCUCCUCUUCCUUCCUCCCUUUUUUUCCUCCUCUUCCUUCCUCCCUUUUUUUCCUCCUCUUCCUUCCUCCCUUCUUCCUUUUUUCUUCCUUCCUCCCUUCUUCCUUCCUCCCUUCUUCCUUUUUUCUUCCUUCCUUUCUUUUUUCUUCCUCCUCCUUCCUUUCUUUUUUCUUCCUCCUCCUUCCUUUCUUUUUUCUUCCUCCUCCUUCCUUUCUUUUUUCUUCCUCCUCCUUCCUUUCUUUUUUCUUCCUCCUCCUUCCUUUCUUUUUCCUUCCUUUCUUUUCUUCCUCCUCCUUCCUUUCUUUUUUCUUCCUCCUCCUUCCUUCCUUUUCUGCUUUUCUCCUUUUUCUUCUAUGUGCUAGUAGAGAUUAGACGUAUAUUAAUUUGUGUGCGUGUCAUACAUAAUUUGGGUCUCGCUCUGCGUGCGUCUCUCCCUCUCUCUCUCGCUCUGCGUGCGUCUCUCCCUCUCUCUCUCGCUCUGCGUGCGUCUCCGUCUCUCUCUCUCUCUCUGCGCGCGUCUCCGUCUCUCUCUCUCUCUCUGCGCGCGCCUCCGUCUCUCUCUCUCUCUCUGCGCGCGCCUCCGUCUCUCUCUCUCUCUCUGCGCGCGCCUCCGUCUCUCUCUCUCUCUCUCUGCGCGCCUCCGUCUCUCUCUCUCUCUCUCUGCGCGCGCCUCCGUCUCUCUCUCUCUCUCUCUCUGCGCGCGCCUCCGUCUCUCUCUCUCUCUCUGCGCGCGCCUCCGUCUCUCUCUCUCUCUCUGUGCGUGCUUCUCUGCAUCACUCUCUCUCUGUCUCUGCAUCACUCUCUCUCUGUCUCUGCAUCACUCUCUCUCUGUCUCUGCAUCACUCUCUCUCUUUACGAACUUGAUGAAAUGCCAAGCACGGUGUCUCCAAUUGAGAAUGGCGAAAUAAAAAAGAAUAGACUUACGAAAGAAUGCGCCGACACAACAAAAGAGAUUCCUGGGAAUGAGGACGAGGAGGAUCUCACCUGCGGCUAUGGCACCUACCGACCCAAAUGGAUGCAAGUAUUUAACACGCCACAAGCUCUCCUCGUCUUUCUUUCAUUUGCAGGUUUUGUUCAAGGAUUCAUCGUGAAUGGCGUGAUAAACGUGAACAUGAGUACCUUAGAGCGAAGAUUUGGUUUCACCAGUAGCAAAUCAGGGUGGAUCGCUAGUGUUUAUGAUUUGGCCGCAGCCCCUAUGGCUCUUUUUGUAACUUUCAUGGGGUCUGUUGGUUACAAACAACGUUGGCUAGGCUCCGGACUGAUCUCCCUGGGCCUGGGGUCAUUCAUAAUGGCACUGCCACAUUUUACCACUGAUAAUUACUACUGGCAAAAAACACAAGCCGCUGUUUGUUCAAACAAAAGCAUGACUUGCAACUCCGAAUCCGAACAAAGCAAUUUGAAGGAAUAUUUGUAUGUGUUUCUGUUAGGACAAGUAUUCCACAGUGUAGGCGGCAGCAUCUUGUACACUCUAGGGGUCACCUGUCUAGACGAUGUGGUCAAACCGCGAACAACCCCGUUGUAUCUGGGUAUUAUGAUGUUCUUCGCCACAUUGGGCCCGGCGCUUGGUUACAUCAUGGGCGGACAGUUCCUUAAUAUUUAUGUAGAUUUCAAUACAAUUGCUAAUCCCCCAGCUUCCCUGGACAGCAAAGAUCCUCAGUGGGUCGGAGCUUGGUGGAUCUGCUUUCUUAUUUCAGGGACCCUGGCUAUAAUCAUUGGGCCCAUUCUCCUUGGCUAUGCGAAAGAAUUACCUGGAAAACUUUCGGUCGUUAAUGAACGAAACUUUUUUUCUUUUCUCUUUUCACCUUUUUCUUCUUUUUCUUACAUGCUUUCUUUUGCCUUUUUUUAUCUAAUAUUUUCUUCUCUUUCUUUUUUCUUCUCUUCUCUCUUUUUUUCUUUUCCUCUCUCGUUUUCCUUUCUCUUUUUUCUUUUCCUCUCUCGUUUUCCUUUCUCUUUUUUCUUUUCCUCACUCGUUUUCCUUUCUCUUUUUUCUUUUCCUCACUCGUUUUCCUUUCUCUUUUUUCUUUUCCUCACUCGUUUUCCUUUCUCUUUUUUCUUUUCCUCCUCGUUUUUCCUUUCUCUUUUUUCUUUUCCUCCUCGUUUUUCCUUUCUCUUUUUCUUUUCCUCACUCGUUUUCCUUUCUCUUUUUUCUUUUCCUCACUCGUUUUCCUUUCUCUUUUUUCUUUUCCUCACUCGUUUUCCUUUCUCUUUUUUCUUUUCCUCGUUUUUUUCUUUUUUUUUUCUCCUCGUUUUUUUCUUUUUCUUUUCCUCACUCGUUUUCCUUUCUCUUUUUCUUUUCCUCCUCGUUUUCUUUUUCUUUUUUUUCCUUUUCGUUUUCCUUUCUCUUUUUUCUUUUCCUCACUCGUUUUCCUUUCUCUUUUUCUUUUCUUUCUCUCUUCAUUUUUUUCUCCCUCUUCAUUUUUCUUUUCCCCCCUCUCGUCUCCUUUUUUCUCUUCUCUCUUUCCAUUUUUGA